AUGGCGAGACCGUUUGAGGAACUGAAACACGUUAACGACUCAAAGGAGCUGUGGAAAAUUGUUGUUCGAAUCCAUCAGAAAUGGACCGUUGUGAUGAAGAACAAGGAACAUUUUGAGAUGAUACUAUGCGAUAAAGAGGGAUGUGAUAUUCAAUGUAGAGUUCCUACUAUGUAUAAACAAGCUUUUGAUUCGGUGUUGAUGGUCAAUAGCACAUAUACAAUAUCUAACUUCCAGACCACACAAUGUGUCACCGUUGGUAAAAUCAAACAACUCAAAGCUGCACAAGGGGGUUGGUAUUACCUCGCAUGCCAUGCUUGUCCAAAGUUUGCCAAAGGAGAUCAACCACCUUAUGUUUGUGGUGCCGGACAUGCUACGGAAACUGAGAUUUUAAGGUAUAGAAUUCUCAUUGAUGUUAUCAACGAUGGAUGUCACGCUACAUUUGUUCUAUGGGACCGGGAGUGCACAGAACUACUGGAAGUUACAGCAGCUCAGAUGCGUAACACCCUUCUUGAGGCUGGUGUAACAAACCCAUUGGAAUAUCCUGUAGCACUGGAUCGUUUAGUUGGGCUGAAGUUGGGAUUUAAGGUCAAAUGGCAACCUGAUUGGGAUAACGGGACAGUUGUUUCUAUAUACAGGGAUGAAGCUGUCAUGUUGAAGCUUUUGCACUCAUUUGGACAAGAAACGGCUCCAUCUCCUUCCCGUGAAGCUCCUGUCAUCAAGCAACUUGAUGAGAGUGUCGAUGAGGCUAUACCAAUUGAGGACUGGACUGUGGUUGGCGACAUUGAAAUUACAUCAGAUCUUAACUCUCAACCAGUUACACCAACCUCUGCCACUAAAAGAAUUGCGCCUCCUAUUUCUACCGAAGAUGCAGCAACCUCUGAAAUCCAGCAGGGAGACCAUUCCUCCACCAAAUUAAAAAAAAUUAUCAAGAUGGAGAAAACUGUUACAUGA